UCAAACGAAAAACUUUACAAAAAAUCUCUAAACCUCUCCACCAAAAAAAUUCUUAAGAAUUUCUCUUCUUCAAAUGUGGGGGUAAUUCGACCUAUCGAAUUAGGUCGCCGUCGUCAUCAUCAUCAUUAGCAUCAUCAUCAUCCAUGGCGGCGACAGUAGGGAAAAGCAUCAUGAAAGGGGAAUUACCCGGUGGAGUUGAUGACAAAUGUUAUGCAGAAAUUCCUCUUCAUUCACCUGGAAUAUGGGCUUUACGCGAUUAUAGUUUAUUUCUUGAUUUCAAUUUGCCAUUGAUUCUUCUCCAACUAGCUAUCAUCUUUCUGCUGACCCAAGCUCUCCAUUUGGUCCUUAAACGCAUCCGACUUCCACGCUUUAUCUCCGAAAUCUUGGCAGGUAUCAUACUGGGGCCAACAAUGCUUGGAAAGAUCCCGAACUUUACAGAGAAUUUAUUCCCACAACAAGGAGAAAUUUUCUUAGAUAUAUUGUCAAAACUUGGGUAUAUCUUCUUUAUAUUCCUAAGUGGAGUGAAGAUGGACCCAAAACUGGUGUUAAGAUGUGGUUCGAAGGCGUGGGCAAUAGGAUUACUUGCAGUCGUUAUACCAAUGUCGUCUGCCGCGAGCUUGUAUUUUGGGUUCUUUUCAAAAGAUGAAAACCUGCAUAGAUACCGACAAUCAGCCACCCAAAGUAUUUUCAUGACACAGGGUUUAAUUGCAUUUCCUGUUAUUGCGUCUCUCCUUGUUGACCUGAAAAUCAUGAAUUCUGAGCUUGGUCGUCUUGCUCUGGCAACAGCUUUAAUCAGUGACCUGUGCAGUAAUGUGGGGUUGAGUAUCUUUUCCAUCAUUAGAAUUGGAUUCUACACAGCGAUUACGACUAUAAUCUCUAUACAGUCUUUUGUUUUUCUUAUUGUUAUAGUUUUGAUUAUUGUGUUUACUAUGCGACCUCUUUCACUUUGGAUCAUCAAAAAGACCCCAGAAGGCAGGCCUGUAGAUUCCGUUUACAUUAUUUGGAUCGCGAUAGCUGUGAUUGUUGUGGAUAAUGUAGGGCUUGGUUUCCAAUAUGGUCCUUUAGUUCUAGGUCUUACAAUACCAGAUGGUCCACCUCUCGGGUCAACAUUGGUAGAUAAAUUAGAGACCUUAGUAUCUGGUUUGCUUGCACCUCUUUUGGUCACUUAUUGUGGUAUAAAAGUAAAUAUGAUUGAUUUAUAUGAUCUCAUGUUCCUGAAUUGGGUAUGGGUUAUGGUGUUCUUUUGUCUCACCAUCAAGUACGCAUCAGUUUUCCUUCCAGCAUUGGCUUGCAAGGUGCCCCCAAAAGAUGCUGCCGCUCUUUCCUUCAUCAUGUCCACACAAGGUGUUAUUCAGAUGUCUUUUCACUUCACCAAUAAAUUUACUCAGACAUAUGAUAGAGAAACCUUUUCCAUGCUAAUUGCAUCUGUAUUCCUCAUAGCUUCACUCUCACAUUUGUGUGUUGGGUCGCUCUAUGAUCAAACAAGGAUAUAUGCCGGUUAUCAGAAAAGAGACAUCCAACAUGCUUCAAGAAAUUCUGAGUUACGCUUGCUUUCAUGUGCUCAUCGAUUUGAUGACGUUGUAGCUGUCCGUAAGCUAUUAGAUGUUUCUUUUCCAUGUAAAGAAAGUCCUUUAUCAGUGUAUGUGCUACACUUGGUGGAACUUGCUGGUCGAGCAUCUCCAGUUCUAAUUGAUCAUCAAUUCGGGCAAAAGAAUAUUUCUGGCAUCUCUCGAUCACAAAAGAUUGUGGAAGUCCUUUUAUCCUUUGAAAAUCAGUGCUUGGGAUCAGCUAGUACUCAUUUCUUCACCUCAAUGUCACUGCCAAGGUUCAUGCAUCAUGACGUUUGCUCACUUGCAUUAGACAAGUUAGCAUCAAUGAUCAUACUCCCAUUUCAUAGGAAAUGGAAUCAUCAGGGGAAGAUUAUCUUGGACAGCAGUAAGUUGAGAACAAUGAACAAUAAUGUAUUGGAGAUGGCCCCUUGUUCUGUAGGUAUCCUAAUUGACCGUCAGAAAAUAAGGCGUCUAGAAAAUGAAUCCGGUCAUGAGUCAUCGGUGUAUAAAGUAGCCGUGGUUUUCAUGGGAGGCAGUGAUGAUCGUGAGGCGUUGGCUUAUGCUAGACGUAUGCCAAGAUCACCUGAACUUCAGCUGACCGUGGUUAGAUUUGUGUCAUGGGACGUCGACGUACGUGAAAACCAGUGGGAUGCUGUACUUGAUGCUGAAAUGUUGAAGGAGAUUAGACUUCUUGGUCAGCACCAAGAUAACAUUCUGUACAGAGAGGAAAGAGUUAAAGAUGGGGCUCAAACAACUUUUAUCAUACAUGCUAUGGAAGAAGCUUUUGAUCUUAUCUUGGUCGGAAGGCGUCAUCGUAAGGAUUUACAACAACUAUUAGGCCUUAAUGAAUGGAAUGAUUUUCCAGAACUUGGACCAGUUGGUGAUAUACUUGCUGCUGCAGAUAUCAAUAGUCCAGUUUCAGUCUUGGUUGUGCAGCAACAAAUUGUAAAGAACAAAUGAGAAAAGUAACCCCUCAUCAUUUGAAGCAAAUAGACUUAAAAAAUACAUAGCAAGUGUAGAUUUCAUCACACAAUUAAUGUAAGGCCAUGUCGAAUAGGGAUGUCAAUGGUAAGUAGGUUCGGGCGAUUAUUUCUAAAAUCUAUCCCAUACCAAUUUUUUUGUUAGUUUUUUAUUUUAUAUAUAACCAAAACGAGACUUUUGAAAACCGUCCCAUCAUCUCAGUUUUGCUUUUGUAUGGGUACGGUUCGAUUAAUUUUUUGGUAUUUUUUAAAAGAACAUAUAAAAGUUAGAAGAACGCUACCAUGUA